UAUUAAGCUUUCACUAUUCUCAUUUCUCUCAAUCAAUUUUCCACACAAAAAUGGCGGUUUCUGGCUCUUUGGUUCGAUCAAACCAAUCCCCUUUUCCAUUUCUCAAACCUAAAAGACCAAACCUUUGUUGCAAAAAACAUUUCAAUCCGAAAGCUUCCGCUGGAAACAGGGAAGACGACGAUGGAUGUCAAAUGAGUAUGAGGAAAGAAAACGACGGCUGGAAGAUCGAUUUCUCCGGGAACAAACCGAAUACGCCAUUGUUGGACACCAUCAAUUACCCUCUUCAUAUGAAGAACUUAUCAACAAGGGAACUUGAGCAACUGGCUGCAGAGAUUAGAGCUGAUAUUGUGCACACGGUAUCGAAGACCGGAGGGCAUCUUAGUUCGAGCUUGGGAGUAGUGGAGUUGACAAUAGCUUUACACCAUGUAUUCGAUACUCCUGAAGAUAAAAUCAUAUGGGAUGUCGGGCAUCAGGCAUACCCUCAUAAAAUCCUGACAGGAAGAAGGUCGAGGAUGCACACCAUAAGAAAAACUUCAGGACUUGCAGGGUUUCCUAAGAGGGAUGAGAGUGUAUAUGAUGCCUUUGGUGUUGGACAUAGUUCUACCAGCAUAUCAGCUGGACUUGGCAUGGCAGUGGCAAGAGACCUUUUGAAGAAGAACAACAAUGUGAUUUCUGUGAUUGGAGAUGGAGCAAUGACUGCUGGACUUGCAUAUGAGGCCAUGAAUAAUGCAGGUUUCCUUGAUUCAAACCUGAUUGUUGUAUUGAACGACAAUAAACAAGUAUCACUACCGACUGCUACUCUACAAGGUCCUGCUACUCCUGUUGGAGCUCUUAGUAGGACUUUAACCAAGAUUCAAGCAAGCUCUAAGUUCCGAAAACUUCGGGAAACGGCGAAAGGCAUUACUAAGCAAAUUGGUGGUCAAGCGCAUGAAAUUGCUGCAAAGGUAGAUGAGUAUGCAAGAGGAAUGAUCAGUGCUUCUGGCUCCACUCUCUUUGAGGAACUAGGGCUGUAUUACAUCGGUCCGGUUGAUGGACACAAUAUUGAAGAUUUAGUAGCUAUGUUUAAGAAAGUGAAAGUCAUGCCUGCCCCGGGGCCGGUCCUAAUCCACAUCGUGACAGAGAAAGGAAAGGGAUAUCCCCCGGCUGAGGCAGCAACUGACAAAAUGCAUGGUGUUGUAAGUUUCGACACAGAAACAGGUAAGCAGUUUAAGUCCAAAUCACCUACACUGUCGUAUACGCAGUACUUCGCUGAAUCACUCAUCAAAGAAGCUGAAGCUGACGACAAGAUUGUAGCCAUCCAUGCAGCAAUGGGUGGAGGAACAGGUCUCAAUUACUUCCAAAAAAGGUUCCCGGACCGCUGCUUCGAUGUGGGGAUUGCAGAGCAACAUGCUGUUACUUUUGCAGCCGGUUUAGCAACAGAGGGUCUCAAGCCAUUUUGUGCUAUCUACUCAUCGUUCUUACAACGAGGAUAUGAUCAGGUGGUGCAUGAUGUGGAUCUCCAGAAAUUACCUGUACGGUUCGCAAUGGAUCGAGCUGGUUUGGUCGGAGCAGAUGGACCAACCCACUGUGGGGCAUUUGAUAUCACAUACAUGGCUUGCUUGCCUAACAUGGUGGUAAUGGCCCCAUCUGAUGAGGCCGAGCUUAUACAUAUGGUUGCAACAGCAGCAGCCAUCGAUGACAGGCCUAGCUGCUUCAGGUUUCCCAGGGGAAAUGGUGCUGGUGGAGUUAUCCCUCGUGAUUACAAAGGAACACCACUCGAGAUCGGAAAAGGAAGAAUCAUAAUGGAAGGAACAAGAGUAGCCAUUCUGGGAUACGGUUCAAUCGUACAACAAUGUAUUGAAGCAGCAAACAUGCUGAGGUCUCAAAACAUUUAUAUAACAGUGGCUGAUGCGAGAUUUUGCAAGCCUCUAGACACAAAUCUCAUCAAGCAACUAGCAAAUGAGCACGAGAUUCUUAUUACAGUGGAAGAGGGUUCUAUUGGUGGCUUUGGCUCUCAUGUAUCACAUUUCUUGAGCUUAAAUGGCAUUUUGGAUGGAUCUCUCAAGUUUAGGGCAAUGGUGCUUCCUGAUAAGUACAUUGAUCAUGGAUCACACCAAGAUCAGAUAGAAGAAGCAGGGCUUUCUUCAGGGCAUAUAUCUGCAACCGUCCUAUCUAUCCUAGGAAGGCCAAGAGAAGCCUUGCAGUUCAAGCACAAAUAGAACAUUGGAAUCUAAACGUUAAAUAUGAUGGGAGAACUCACCUAGGGUUCAAACAAUGUCAGAUAGGGACCAUGCUUUCAAAGCUUCGUGAAAAAAAUACAAAAUA